GAGGAAAUCCAUCCUGUGAAAUUUGGAAGAUUCACCCCCUGCUUCCCUUCUGCUUUUGAAGGCUGAGCCAUCACCGAGGCGCGGGCAGGACUGGCAGAUGGAUCCCACCAGCAGCAGCUGCAUGCGCAGCCCCCAGCCCCCCCCUGCCCUCUGGGGGGGCGUGAGGAGCACCCACAUGGACGUCAGCACAGCCCCGGGGCUGAACCACUGCCCAGCAGCACCGUUCUCCUUCCACCAGGGACCAGAUUUCGACGCUUACUCCGAUUUCUCCACCUCCUGCUUGGUGGCGGCUCCCCAGAGCUUCCCACGGGAGGAGCGGGCGUUUGGGGAGCAGCACCCCCCUUUCCAACACCCUGCCUGGCACCUGGCAGCAGCUGAGAGCACGAGACAACUCAGUCCAGGACGGGCCUUGGCAUCUGGGCAGUCAGAGGGCAGCAGCCCAGACCCAGCGGGGGUGGAGGAAGAUGAAGAGGUGCCAGUAAACACCACAAGGGACACUGAGAAAAAGCCACCCAAAAGAAAAAAGGAAAGCUCAGAGAACCAGAACUCGAGCAGCAGGACAGAAUCCCGCAGCAAAUCCCGGAAGGAAAGGACAGCUUUCACCAAGGAGCAGCUGCAGGAGCUGGAAGCUGAAUUUGCCCACCACAACUACUUGACAAGGCUCAGGAGAUACGAGAUAGCUGUGAACCUGGACCUCACCGAAAGACAAGUCAAAGUAUGGUUUCAAAACAGAAGAAUGAAGUGGAAACGUGUUAAAGGUGGGCAACCAGUGUCCCCACACGAACAUGACACAGAAGAUGUGGACUCUGCUGCCUCUCCCAGCUCUGAGUAGUCCUUGCAGCAAUGGGAGAGGAGCCUGGAGAAAAUAAUGGAUCAGAAAGUGGAUGCAACACUGCUUUGGGUCAGCUACUCAAAGAGAUCAUCCUGCUUGCAAAUCCUGUAGCCCACGGUCUUUAAGAGGUUUAUGAUGCUUUAUGUUGCAGAGGCAAUUAAAGAGCACAGGGGGGAAAAGCCAAAGGAGGGCACGAUUUUGAUUUUUGUCUCUGGAACUGUCUUACUACCACAGAUGUGUCUACAGAAAAAAAAACUAUAACAUUGAAUAUAAAACAGGAAUAAUGUUGUCUAGAUGCUCAGACAUUCAGAAAAUACAGGUUAUCAGUCAGAGAGUGAUAACACAGAUGUGUUCUCAUCCAGUCUUUCCCUGGUCACUUCUAUUCAGUGUGCAUUUGGACUUGGCAAUACACAUUUUACUUGUGCCUUACUCUGAGAGAAAUAAAUACUUUGACAGUCCCUGAUUCUUCUUGCAAAAUUACUUGGACACCUGUAUAGCUAGGCAAUAAGAUUACAAAAUAAAAUAUGAGACUAAAACCACAUAUAAACAGAAUUCUGCUGACCAGUUUCAGAGGAGGUGGCUUUCCCACUGACAGUCCAAGAAGGCAGGUGCCUCGUUGAUGGCAGCAAUUUGCAGAGGGAGAUUUCUUCCAAGCUUACUGUAAAUCCUGAAAUUAAACUCCUAGAUCUCAAUUUCAAAUAUUUUUUCAAAGCAGUCAUCACGAAACAC